CUAAGGUCGCCGCUGUUUUGACGGUUAUUUGGACCCCAUUUUCCAAUAUAAAUCACCCAGUUUCGCUGGGUCUCUCUUCCUUAUCACGCCCACCACCACCACCACCGCCCUAACGCUCCUUUUCUGUCCUUCCACAAACUAAAACAUACAUCAUUUUAGUCUACUUCCACAAUGCCUCUUUCGCAACUCGUCCUCCCGUCUUUUACGCUGGUUCUCAGCAACUCUGUUACCCUGCGCGACUUCCAACGCGCCCAUACUCGCGAAAUUCACAUUCCCAUCCUUGCUCCAUCAAGCGACGAGGAAUUUAUGCGUACGAUUGACCUCCGUGACACGGCCCCAGCCUCAGCCUUCAUCACGUAUAAGUGCACCUAUUAUCCGGAUCAAGACGCCGCGUCCCUGUUUGGCGACGUGAACGGCGAGGAACUUGCUCCAGAUGGGCAUUUCUGGCGACGCUUGGUGUUGAAGGUCAAGGGCUUCGCAGGGAGGCUCUUCGCUGCCUGAUUUUUCACCGUUGGAUGGACUCUCUACUUUCACCGAUUAUUGCUCGUUAACGUCUUGCUCUCGCUCCUUCUUGCACAUCACUCAUCGCAUAGUCAAUGGUUUGUCGCCUCCUGUGUAGUACUGUCUUGCACAUUCCGCCGCACAAACUUCUCCUUCAUUUGUAUCAUAUAUAAUUCACCCAGAUCUGUUGAAUAGUUUAUACUCAAGCCCAGAAAAAUAUAGUUGUCGUACAUUCAAUCCUUGCCAUAAUUGCUGCACGUCAUCCGG